AUGGCGAGUCACGUCCAGUCCAGCAGAAGCCUGCCAAAUCCGGCCCCUGGCUUGAGUUAUUGGCAACGAACCACGCGGGGAUUCCAGCAUUUACAUGAGAACAAAGAUGCAUCGCUCCCAUCGAGUUCCCCGUAUGUCAUUGUUGGAUCUGGAAUCGCGGGUGGCUUGACGGCUUUCGAAUUGAUCGAAGGGGGCGUUAAGGCGGAGGAGAUCGUUAUUCUGGAAGCGCGGGAGGCAGCGAGCGGUGCUAGUUCACGGAACGCCGGACAUGUGCGACCAGAUGCAUUCCGAGGCUUUAGUGCCUAUGCUAAAGUACAUGGUGGCGAGCAAGCUCUGAAGAUCAUCAACAACGAGCGGCUUGUCCUUGAUCGAGUCGCGCAGUUUACCCAGAAGCACAAUGUACAAUGUGACUUUAACCUGGCAACCACCUUCGACGUUUGCAUGACUCCAGAGUUCGCGGCAUACGAAGCAGAAAGUCUCGAGGCAUUCAAAAGCGCUGGCGGCGAUACGUCGCACAUCAAGUUCUACGAAGGAGCCGAAGCGGAAAGCAAGACCCGAGUCCCAGGCGCCGUAGCAGCAUACGAGUGGCCAGCAGGAUCCAGUCACCCGGCAAAGCUGGCGCAAUUCCUUCUCCAGGCGGUCAUCUCCAAGGGCACGAAGCUCUUCACAUUCUGUCCUGCAAUUGAAGUUAAACGCAAUGACUCAGACCCAAGCCUGUGGGAUGUGAAGACCUCUCGCGGAGUCAUUACCGCCGAGAAGGUGGUUCAUUGUACGAAUGCACAUGCUGCUCAGUUGCUGCCACACCUGGAGGCGUACAUGCGACCAAAUCGCGCUCAAGCCCAGUCCCUCGUGCCUGUGCCUGCUUUCUCGGGAGCAGGUAUUCUUCAGAGUACGUAUUCUUUGCGCUAUAGUCUCCAUCACUUCUACUCUUUGAUUCAACGUCAAGGGGAUGGCACUUUAGUGCUAGGUGUCUCACGGUCGAACCCGACACUCAGUCCUGAGACUAUUGCCAGUCGAUUAAGCACCGAUGAUUCAAAGUUCAACGACGAAAUCGUUCAGGACGCAUUACGAAGCUUUGGGACCCUGUUCCCGGAAUAUAAUUAUGAUGCUACUAUGCACGGUGAAGGGCUAGAUCACGCUUGGACGGGAAUUAUUGGAAUGACAACAGACUCGGUUCCGUUUGUCGGGGCGAUUGAGUCUCUGCCUGGACAAUAUAUCUGCGCGGGCUUUAACGGUCACGGCAUGGCUCGGAUCUUCACCUGCGCCCCGGGCCUCGUUAAGCUCAUGCUUGGAGCCAAUUGGAGUGAGACCGGUCUCCCAGAAUGCUUCCAGUCAAGUGAGGAGCGGCUUUCGCGACUCUCGGAGGGAGAUUUGCCGUCAAUAUGGUGA